CCGGGUUCAGGACCACAGCGAUAACGUCCUCCCCGGUCCGCAUGUCCUCAGAUGUGUUGGUCAGCCGGGAUGAGCACUGCGCUGUGGAGUCAGCCUGCUCGCACGGAUACCUCGUGGACUCGACACCGACCUCGAUGCGCCCGACUUCGCCCCACUCCUGGAUCCUCCCCAUCUCCCCUCCCGGCACGGUGGCUCAGUCGGGAGCCCUUGCGCGUUCGAAACGCGGCCCUGUCUUUU